AUGGCGGAUUCAGACUACACAGAUGAUGAGUUGGCGUAUGAGGGUCCCUCCUCUCAAUCCGUUAUUUGGGACGCGCUUUGGACGCCGUUCCGCGUACUGUUCUCCAAGACAGCUCUCCGCAUAUACCUGAAUACCCUAUUAUUUAUCGGUGCCACUAUAUUUAUAGUGGGAAUUGCUGGGAUCGCAUACAUGCUUUUCUACUUCACAUUUAUUCCUACGGUCGGUGUGGAUCGAGAAGUGCAUUUACAAUUUGGCGAUGGACACCCUUGGGGACUAGCCUCUCUCGACUCCGAAUUCGUUUCUUCUCAGCCCUACGAUAUCGCUGUUGCCCUAGACCUUCCUCGAACCCCAUCCAAUCUCGACGCGGGGAACUUUAUGGUCGAUCUUACACUCUACUCCCGCCGAACUAGCUCCGUGCUACCCACCUCCAGUGGCUCCUUAACCCCCAUCUCGCAAUCGCGUCGAUCCGCGAUCCUCACAUACAGCUCGCCAUUGGUAGACGUUGCUCGACGGAUGGCUCGUCUACCUCUUUAUGUCCUUGGCUGGCGUAGAGAGGCCGAGUUUUUAGAGGUUCCGAUGAUGGAUAAGCUGGAAUUCGCACGUGGUGCACAGAAUCUUCCACAGAGCCUGCGUCUUGAGAUUCACAGUGAUACUAAAUUACAGAUUUACUCCGCGCGAGUCGAAUUCCGGGCACGGUUCACCGGACUCAGGUGGUUUAUGUACCGCUGGAAGCUUACCUCUUUCGUCGUGUUCAGUUCUUUGUUCUGGACGGUAUCGAUGUCUACGGCUAGCUUAAUCUGGUUCGUAUUAAGCUCCUUGAAGCCCGAAUCUACAUCCACGGAUGAAAUCAAAGACGAAGAGCAAGAUCUUAUCAAAGAUGAGCCUGUUACCGAAGAAAGUGAAUCACUAUUCAGUGAAAGCUUUAAAAUCAAAAAGGAGCAGCCAGAGGAACAGGCCAGUAGCUCUUCUUUACUACAGAGCUAUAAGGCUGACAGUGAUGAGGGAGGUAUGGGUUCUGGACUAGAGAGCUCAGAGGCGCAAGGAGUCCAGAAACGAAGGAGUCGCUUAACGGAAUAUGACAGCUAG